UUGCGCUGAACUCGUGCUCACUUCCUCUUAAUGACUUAAAAUAAGUGAUAUAGUACGUUUUCAGUGAUGCUGGACUUCAGUCAGGUUUCUGGUCUCUGGCUGUAGGACUAGCGAAUGUCUGUCAGUUGAAUUAUAUUGAUAGAGAGAGAGAUUCACAUUUGUUACAUCUGCGACGUUUGCUUAGGCUGUUCCUCCUUCAUUCAUGGAGCCUUUCAAAGACAUUCUGGUGACUUAUUUAAUGCCAGAAAAAUGUUACGACGAGUUCUUCCUGAAUUUUAAUUUUCUGCACGUGGACUGUCUGAAGAUAAUAAUUAGCAAGGGGUUGGGCAUUGGAAUCAUUCUCGGCUCAGUACUUGUAAAAUUGCCUCAGAUCCUGAAAUUGGUCGGUGCUAAGAGUUCAGAAGGACUGAGUUUUAAAUCUGUGCUGCUGGAGCUGCUCGCCAUCACAGGCACUAUGGCCUACAGUAUCGCCAAAAGCUUUCCCUUCAGUGCCUGGGGUGAAGCGUUAUUCCUCAUGUUGCAGACAGUGGCUAUUGGAUUUCUUAUCCAGCAUUAUAAAGGAAGCACGGUCAAAGGCUUGAGCUUCCUGGUCAUCUAUUUUGUCCUGCUGGUUGUCCUUAUUUCUCCCAUCACCCCCAUGUCUGUUGUCACCACCAUGCAAGCCUCCAACAUGCCAGCUAUAAUCUUUGGAAGGCUUAUUCAGGCAGGUACCAAUUACAAGAAUGGCCACACAGGACAGCUGUCAGCUAUUUCUGUCUUCUUGCUGUUUGCUGGUUCCCUUGCACGUAUAUUCACUACAGUGCAGGAGACAGGUGACACCCUGAUGGCUCUUUCUUAUAUCAUCUCAUCCUGCUGUAAUGGUGUGAUCGCUGCUCAGCUUCUGUAUUACUGGAAUGUCAGUCCAGUUGUUAAGAAGAAGGCUGAGUAGACCUGCCUUUAAGAAAACAAUGGAGGAUCUGAAGCUCUUCAUGCUUUCUGUCCACUUCAGUUAACUUGCUGCUUUGAGCAACUUUGUAAAUUUGGAAUGAAAUCUUUGUAUGGGAUUUUAGGAUGUUGAUUUCUCUUGAGAUUGGUUGUUUAAAGCAGCAGGUUUCAGAGAGUUGCUACAUACACACUUUAGGCAAGUAGUAUGUUUAGAGAUACUCCUGUAGUGCUCUACACAGAAGGCUAUUUACACCUUUACACUAUUUACACCUAAACUGUUGUGGCCUAAAUUACAGGACCAAAAGAAACUUGAGAAGGACCCUUAUAUUAAUGAUUGGUGACUGAAUAACAUCUUAGGUUAAAAUGCCAAUUUUUUUGUCCAGUUUUCCUUAUUUCCUUAUAAUUUCCUUAGCUCAGGGAAAUGAUAAAUUUUAUUCAUAUUUAGAAACCCAUGCACCAUGGGAAUUCCUUUUACUGUUUGUUGGGAUUAUUGUUUAUACUGCUUAAUUGUUCUAUAUAUUGAAUUAUUCUAGAAGCUGCUAAGGUAAACCAUCACAAAUGAGAAAAAUGGCCACCUAUACAAUGUGACUAGAAUUUUAUCAUGAGAUUAGGCUGUUGUCGAAGAUGGGGUUAAUAUAAUGGCUUUACACAUCAAGUAUAAGUGUUUUUUCAACAGUUUGUUCAUACAGGAAAAAAUCCUACAGUUCUGGUAUUUUCUUUUUUCCUAGAAUGAAAUUAAAUUAUUUAGUUUAGUGAUAAUCAGUCAUAACCAAAUGGAGAUAAAAAAAAAUGUCAAACUGUCAGCGGAUAUUUGAAUAAUGCCUUUUGCACUUUGUCCUUGUAACAUUGUCUAUAUUGAAGGAUGAACAAAUUGGUGAAUUGACCAAAUUGAUUGGUUGGUUGCAAAUAAUUGGAUUUCAUGAACCAAAUUAUCUGUUGGAAUUGUGUUAGUCUGUCCCUAGAAAUGUUAUGACACUUGGCUUCCUUGGUACUAUAGGCUUUUUUGUUAAUUAUUUAAACUACUGGAUACAAUGAAUUCUGUGAACAGUCCAUAGACACUCUAGUCUUUUCCAUUUUCCCAAGUCAGUGGUUUAACCAACAUACACUAUGAAUUCAUCUUUUGAAUUAAAAGAUAAACAACUCAGCGCCAGUGUAUGAUUUUUAACUUUGUGCUCUUUAAUUUAAGAGGAGUG